AUGUCGUACGAUCUCGAAUCCGGGCGCCGCGGCGGCGGCUACAGUGACGACCCUGCUUUCCAAGAACUUCAAUACGAUCUCAAGAGCAAGCUUCAAACCCUCCUCAGCAGCAAUCGAAAGCUCGCCAACGAUGUUAAUGUCUUGGGAACACGAAAGGAUACCCCGCGCCUGCGGGAACGAGUCCACAACAGCAUGGAUAAGACGAGAGAUAUGUGCAGAGAGAUCGGCGAGGGCGUCAAGCGUCUUCAAACUUGGGAAGAAUUGACAAAACAACAAAAGUACGAGCAAACAAAGGUCUCGAGCGACUUCCAAGCAGCGCUCCAAGAAUUCCAAAGCCUUCAGCGAAAAGCCCUCGAAAAAGAGCGCGCAUCCGUUACCGCCGCCCGUGCGGCACAGGAGGGCGAACACGCCGAAGGUCCCCAGUCUGGCAAUCAGCUUGAGCAACUACAGCAACAAGAACAAGCCUCCCAGCUCGCACCCCAAGACGAGGUCGACUUCCAGGAAGCCCUGAUCAUUGAGCGCGAGGAGGAGAUCCGCAACAUUGAGCAGGGUGUCGGCGACUUGAACGUUCUCUUCCGACAAGUGGCGCAAAUCGUCAAUGAGCAGGGAGAGCAGCUUGGAACGAUCGCAGACAAUGUUGAGAACGUCCGCGACGACACGCGGCAAGCUGAUGUUGAGAACCGACAGGCCGCGCGGUAUCAGAAGGCAGCCCGCAACAAGAGCUGCUGCCUGUUGCUGAUCCUCGCCGUCAUUUUGACCAUUGUUAUUCUGGCUAUUGUCCUUGACUAG